GCCACGCGUUCCUUCGCCGAACAGAGAAGCAGACGCGUCGCCGGAAACGCGGCUUCCUCGUCGAGGGGGUGGACAGGUUCCACUCACCCCAUUGACCCACUGAUCGAGUCCUCCUCGGUAUCGAUGCCGACGAUCGCGCGGAGAUCCCUCGGAUAGUCCUCCCUUGAUUGUACCGGUAGAUCCGGAGAGGCGGAGGAGGAUUUUAUACGCGUGUCUUGUGUGUGGAAAAGUGGAGGAGGCGUUUACGGCGCGCGUCUCUCCCGUGUGUAAUGUGCUUGCGUAUGAUGUGAUUCGUGUUGACUGUGUAAGGUGCAACGACACGACGAGAGAAAGAAAUAGAGAAGAGAAGGGAAGGAAAAGAGAGAGAGAGAGAGCGAGAGAAAGAAAGAGAGGGACGACGAUUUCAAAUUUCGCUCUCGACGCCAGCCGCUCCGAUUGUCUCCUUCGUAGACAUGCCCCUGCUGAACGGUCAGCAACUGUGACGCUAGAUGACAUAUAGGCGCGCACGUGCACCAGUCAUGGCACGAACAAUGACCCGUUGGUUUUGGUGCUUGCUGUGCGUGAUUUUACACCUUCGGGGCGCCCAUUCUAAAGUCGGUUUAUGCGAAGUGGAAGCAGGACAAUCGAAUAUCAUCCUCGAUAUCGAAGAGAGCAGAGGAAAUGCAAUCGAUCAGAGAACCGUGCCGGAAGAGCUUCCGGUGUCCGGCGAUCCCUAUAACGAGACUAUGCUGGAGCUUAUCUUCCCUGGAAGAAAGAUUCCCCUUUUCAAACUGAAUGGCAAGAAACUGCAGCUUCUCCAGCCGUUGGACAGAGACGACGAGAAUCUCUCGCACGUGGUUUUUCAGUUAAGCUGCACGGUGAAGUUGACUAACAAGAAGCGGACGAUUCCGGUGAUCGUGAGAGUGUCCGACAUCAACGACAACGCGCCGAAGUUCACCGACACGCCGUACGAGACCACUGUGCCGGAGCUCACCCCGGUCGGCUCGACCAUCUUCAAGAACAUCGUCGCGAUCGACGCCGAUGCCGGUGUCAACGGCAUCGUCGAGUACUCGAUCGCGCCCGGCGACGGCAGCAGGAUCGGCAGCAACGAGGGUGUCGGGCGCAAUAGGAUCACCACCGUCGACGGCUACGGUUACUUCAGCAUCAACCUGCCGCACCAAGGACAGGUCACGGUUAAUCGAACACUCGACUACGAGAGGACUCAGCGUUAUCUCGUCACCAUCUUGGCAUCGGAUCGAGCGAGGAACGUUUCUGAAAGAUUCACAUCCACGACCACGUUGACGGUGAAUAUACGGGACGAUGACGAUCAGGAUCCGUCCUUUAUUUAUCAAGGCUGCAUGCUCUUGGAUGGCGCCUGCAUCAAUCCGGAGUACUCCGCGUCGGUAUCGAGCGGAGUAUUAUCCGGCAUACUCAACAUCUCGCCCGAGAAAAUACAGGCGGUCGACAUGGACAGUAUAAACGCACCGAUUCACUACUCCUUUCUCAGCGGAAAUCCGCCGAAUUACCGGGAUUUCUUCGAGAUUAAUCCCAACACCGGGGCGGUGAGGCAGGUCAAAGCCGUCGACACGACGGUAACGAAGAAGUUUGAUAUUAUUAUUAAGGCAGUCGAAGUGUCGGAAGCGAAGAGAUCGGCCACUGCUAAGUUAACAAUCACCGUCAAGCCGGUCGACAGCAAUCCACCCGUUAUAACGGCGUCAAACAUCGAAGGUUUCGUCGACGAGAACGCUCCGAUCGGCACAAAAGUCAUCGAUGGAAGCGGAAAUCCCAUUGUGCUCACCGUGUCGGAUGCUGAUCUGGGCCCGGACGAUCCGAAACCGACGUACACUUUCGAGCUGACCACGAAUUUCUUCGCGAUCGAUCCGUCCGGCGUGCUUGUCGUGAACGAGGAGAAUCUGGAUCGGGAUCCUCCGAGUCCCGGCCGCUUCCGGUUCCAGGUGGUUGCCCGGGAGAAAACGGGUGUGGCCGCGUCGUCGCCCCUGUCGUUUGUCGUGACGUUGAACGACGUCAACGACAAUGCGCCUCUGCUUCCGAUGAUGGCACCCAUCACCGUUCAAGCGGGGGAGACGAAGAGACAAAUAGCAAAGGUGGAGGCCACGGACAACGACGAGGGCGAAAACGCCGAGAUAACGUACAGUAUCUAUCACGUGUCGAACAACGGCCUGCAAAAGUUCAAGAUAGAUCCGAAGACCGGAGUUAUCGAGUCCGUGAGGAAACUGAACGCCGGCGAACAGUACAGCAUCACCGUGCAGGCCACCGACAAGGGUGGCAAGUACUCGCAGACGAUCGUCGAGGUGAACGUCAUUCCUGGGCCCAACACCAGAAGCCCCGUGUUCAAGCAACCGGUGUACGAGGUGCAAGUCAGCGAGGGGGCCUCCAUCAAUUCCACAGUCGCGACUAUCACUGCCAUCGACCCAGAAAACGAUCCGGUGUCGUACUCGAUAGUAUCGGGGAAUGACUUGCGCCAGUUUGCGAUCGGCGACAAAUCAGGCGUUAUUACCGUUAUAAGGAAGUUGGAUAGGGAGGAUCUGACCCGAUAUCAGUUGCUGAUAAAGGCCGAGGAUACCGGCGGCCUCUACAGCACCGCGACGGUCAACAUCAUGGUCACCGACAUCAACGACAAGAAUCCCGAAUUCGUGGGUCUCCCUUACGAGUUCACCGUUAAGGAGGGCGAGGCGCGCAAAUUAAUCGGCCGCGUGCAUGCCGAAGACGCGGACGAAGGUAUAAACGCCGAGAUCACUUACUUCGCACCCGAUGAUAUUCCCUUCACCGUGGACCCCGAGACCGGAGAUGUCCUGACGAAAAUAGUGCUAGACUACGAGCAGAAAAACGAAUACAAAUUCGUAGUCACCGCGAGGGAUGGAGCCCCCGAUUAUCGUUUAGCGACCGCAACAGUCACGGUGAAAGUCAUCGACGUCGAGGACGAGGUUCCAGUCUUUCACCAAAGCAGUUACGAGGCACGUGUCAAGGAAAACGUGCCCGACUAUAAUGUAAUUAAAGUCACGGCCGAUGAUCCGGACACAAAGAAGCAAAUUACGUACACGAUCAAGCAAGGGGAUACCGAACUCUUCAGCAUAGACCCGAAGACUGGACUGAUAAAAACUAUCCGCGGUCUUGAUUACGAGAGCCAGGCCCAGCAUGUACUUAUCGUAGGCACCGAGGAGAACACCAGCAAUUCAACUGGCUCCAUCACCCGCGUUGUUAUCAACGUCCAGGACGUGAACGACAUUCCGCCGGUAUUUACGUCGGUGCCGCGUCCGAUCACGCUGGACGACGAUGUCCCCAUAGGGACGACCGUGAUCCAUCUCGUCGCCGCAGACUCCGACGGCACCGCGCCGGGGAAUCAGGUUCGAUACGAGAUCAUCGGCCGCGGUAUCGCCGGCAAGUACUUCGUAAUCGACCCCGACACCGGCGUUCUCCGAAUACGAGACGACUUGCGCAAGGAGACCGACUCCGAGUAUCAGGUCGACGUGCGUGCAUACGAUAUGGGCGAGCCGCAAUUGUCGUCCGUGACGACCGUGCCGGUCUACGUGCGUCACGUGGCGACGGUGCCGCCGGAGAUCGGUCUGGGUUUCGCGGAGAACUCGUACAACGUCGAGGUGCCCGAGGACGCGGUGGACAACACGCUAAUAAAGAUAAUCACCAUCAUCAACAGCCACGCAUACGACACCACGCCGCUCAGGUGCGAGAUUUACAGCGGCAACGAGGAGGGCCUGUUCGAAACGAGCGUCACGGAGGAGCGCAAUUGCGCCCUGAGGUUGAGAAAGGGAGCGCUGGAUUAUGAGACAACGGAGUCUUACCAGAUUAAGAUCAAGCUGGAGUCGCUCUCGGGCCUCCUGAAUUCCGGCAGAAACACGACGAUGGUGAAGAUUCAGGUGCUGGACGUGAACGACAACAAGCCCGAGUUUAUCUUCCCGGAGGCGAGUCAGCAGCUCACGAGGGGACGUUAUUUCGCGGCGAUUCCGCGCACCGCGCAAUUCGCGUCCACCGUCGUGCAGGUGAAGGCGCACGACAAGGACAACGGCAAGUACGGCAAGCUGGAGUACAGGAUCCUCGAAGGGCGAGGCUCCGGUUACUUCGCCAUCGACAGCUCCACCGGCAUAAUCCGGACAACGGCGACGUUCGACCACGUGGACGCGUCCGAGCUCCCCUUCAAGUUUGACGUUCGCGUGCGCGACAACCCAAAUUCGACCGACAACUACAAUUCGAUUGUCGCGUCGGUGAUCGUCAAUCUUAUCGGUGAGGAGAACCUGAUGAUCCUGGUGGUGCAGGACGCGGCGCCGGACGCGCUGCAGAAGGAGGCUGGCAGAAUAGCGAGCGCGAUCGAGCAGAGGAGCGACCUGCUGAUCGGCAUCGAUAGAGUCGCGGUGAGGAAGAUCCUCACGAAGAACGGCACCGUCGAGACGUUCCCGCACGACUCCGACGUGUGGUUCUACGCGGUCGACCCGGACACCGAGGCUAUAUUGAGCAGAAACAGCACGAAGGUGCAAAGGUCCAUCAUGGAUAAAUCGGCCAUGUCAAAUAUCACCUUUGACGUAUCUACGUUGGUGCGGGCAAAUGCCAUCGACAUUCAUGCACCCGUGAUGCCACCCGAGCCGGUGCGAACGCAAACGGCAGUCGCGUUCAGCGGCGAGGUCUUCCCGUACGCGCUUAUCAUCAUCGCUUGCGUGAUCCUGAUCCUCGGUAUCGCCGGUAUCAUCUACAUAUGUGUCUCCUGGUCCAAGUAUAAGGCAUACAAGGAACGUAUGCAGCGCAUGUACGUGGUGCCGCGAUACGAUCCCGUCUACGUGGAGCCCAAUUUAAAGGAGUACGAGACGCAGGUGCUCCAGAUGAGCGUGCCGGUCGACGACAAUGACAGCUGCAACGAUUUACAAUUGGACUUCAGUAACAAGAAUCACGCGUUUAGCUUGGACAACGUCAGUUACAUCACCAAGGACCAUGGGGACAGUACUGGCCAACAAAGUCCCGUUAGUUCCGAGGCGGCGACCACGGCGCGAGCGUCCAGCAUCGUUGGUAAUCACGGCGACACCAACAUCCACUCCCUGCGACGAUCCACGCUGGGCCGUAAGAAUCAUAGCGUGAGCAACACGAACACCCUGAACAAUCGCGACGCGACACCGGUACUUAAUCCCUUGUACAAUCACGGCGGUGAUCUGCUCAGCCCUAGUCCGUCCAACGACAACGUCACCUUCAGGGAGAGGAAAGAUUACUCGCAUCUCGGGUUCACGUAUCUGGGCGAGCAGAGUCCCGUGGAGACCACGACGGAGUUGUAAGUUUCAUCACCCGAGAGACGGCGAGAGUGCGAACGCUGGUCCCUUUAAAGACUGUCACCGAUUGAUUAUACAUAUCCGCGAGGAGGGAAGGUCGAGAUGUAAACCUACACUGUAAAGAAAGUUACGUGUAAAAUUACAAUUAUCAUAGUAGGUAACAUUGGGAUUAUCUAUUAAACGUGUAUAUUUACAUACGUCAGUAAAUGUAUGUACUUUGUAUAUAAAAUUAUUACCUUGCACAAUAA